AUGAUGCUCGCGCCGAAGACACGCGAGACGAAGAUGCGCCUGCUCCGGGCUUUGCUGCGCAACAAAUCCACGGCCGCCGCAGCCGCUGGCAAGCCGAUCGCGCACAUCUACCCGAACAGCGAGACGCCGGUCAAGGCUCUGGACCCGCGCGCGGCCGCGUCCAUUGAUUUGCAGCGCUCCUACGCGGCGCCACGAAAAAAGGAAGGCCGCCGACUCACGCGCGCGAAUCGCGGCUGAACUGUCACGUCGACCAACGGCUGCGCGCCGAUUCGCCGUCGACGCGGAGAGCUCGCACCGCUGCGCAGCGACGCGCGACGACGAGAGAACGAGAAAACACACCCGAGCGACACCGCGCCGACCGCGCGACGAACUCACGCAAAACGCACGCAGGCUCGACACCUUCGAGCGCCGCCACAUGGGCCCCUCCGAGAAGGACCAGCUCGAGAUGUUGAAGACGAUCGGCUUCGAAAGUCUCGACGAGUUAGUGACGAGCACCGUGCCCGCUAAUAUCAGGCUUGAAGAACCGAUGGAGCUCGGUCCGUAUCUCCGCGUUUUCAAGUGUAGAGGCGCCUUCACAUCAUUCGAACGACUCGUGGCCAUCUCACGAUGACGUGGGUGGUUUAUUUUUUGAGUUUGAGCCGAUUCGGACACCGCGACACACGCAGGCUCCCACACGUCGGCCGCCAUGUCCGAGACCGAAGCCCUUUCACUCCUCAGAUCCAUGGCCGACAAGAACAAGGUCCUGAAGUCGCUCAUCGGCCAAGGGUAUAAUGAGACCCAUACGCCUUAUGUGAUUCUCAGGAACAUGCUCGAGAACCCGGGCUGGUACACGGCCUACACGCCCUACCAGGCCGAGAUCUCGCAGGGCCGCCUCGAGAUGCUGCUGAACUACCAGACUUUAGUCACUGAGUUAACUGGUAUGGAGAUGGCCAACGCGUCGCUGCUCGACGAGGCCACGGCGGCCGCCGAGGCCAUGUCCAUGUGCGUCGCGUUGUCGAAGAACGGCAAGAAGAAGGGCGCCAUGACCUUCUUCGCCGACGCGCAGUGCCACCCGCAGACGAUCGCGGUGGUCAAGACGCGGUGCGAAGCUCUUGGGAUUGACGUGGUGGUCGGGGACGCGACGUCGGCUGAUCUGGGCGACGCUUGUAUUGGCGUGCUGUGGCAGUAUCCCAAUACCCGUGGAGAUGUGGUUGGGGAUGCCGCUGGUGUUUCUGCUAGAGCUCAUGACGCCGGCGCUUUGUCUGUAGUAGCUGCGGAUCCAUUAGCGUUAACACUCUUACCAGCCCCGGGCACCUUCGGCGCGGACAUCUGUGUUGGUAGUAUGCAGCGCUACGGCGUCCCGAUGGGCUUCGGGGGCCCGCACGCGGCCUACAUGGCCACCAGCGAGAAGUACGCCAGAAGGAUGCCUGGUAGAAUUAUCGGCGAGACCGUCGAGGCCAACGAGCGCAAAGGAAGAGCUCUGAGGAUGGCCAUGCAGACGCGGGAACAGCACAUCCGGAGAGACAAGGCGACGUCCAACAUCUGCACGGCGCAAGCUUUGUUAGCGAACAUGGCCGCGGCCUACGCCAUCUACCACGGCCCCGACGGGUUGCAGGACAUCGCCAGACGCUGCCUCGGCCUGGCCAAGGCCGCGUCUUCCGCCUUGAACAAGGCGGGCAUCCAGGCCUCGGAGCCGGCCUUCGACACCAUCGUGGUCAAGUGCGACUCCGCCUCAAUUGCCGAGAAAGCUGAGAAAGCGGGUUUUAAUUUACGAGUGUUCGGCCCCGACGAAGUUGGAUUGUCCUUCGGCGAGACCGUGACGAGAGAAGACUUAGUAUCUAUUCUAGAAGAUGUGUUUGGGGUUGAUGCUGGCGACGUCGAUGCUUUAGCGGACACCUCAUCUGUCAAGGGCCGAAACAACUUGCUCCCGCACGCCGUCUUCAACACCCACAAGUCCGAGUCGCAGAUGCUGCGCUACCUCAAGCAGCUCGAGGACAAGGACCUGGCCCUGAACCACAGCAUGAUCUCGCUCGGAAGCUGCACGAUGAAAUUAAAUGCCACGGCCGAGAUGAUUCCCGUGACGUGGCCGGAAUUUAGUGAUGUGCACCCGUUUGCCCCUCGGGAACAGACGGAUGGGUAUGUGGAGAUGAUCGCGUCGCUGAAUGCCGAUUUAUGUAAAAUUACGGGCUUCGACGCGGUAUCGGUCCAACCCAAUAGUGGUGCUUCCGGCGAGUACGCUGGGUUACUUGCUAUCAGAGCGUAUCAACAAAGCAUCGGCGAAGGGCAUAGAAACGUGUGCCUCAUCCCCGUCUCCGCGCACGGCACGAACCCGGCCUCGGCCGUCAUGGCGGGCCUGAAAUGCGUCAUUGUGCCACAUCAGUGUCCUUGAAGCUGCUUCAACAUUGCUUCAACAUGAGAGACGGGCUCUGUUGACGCCAUCGACGCGAGGCAGGGUCGCAUCGAUGGCGUGGCGGGCGAUGCCGGUCCCUCGGACGUCCCGAGAGUCGUGUCGCGCCGAGGCGAGAUGUUGACAUUGUCCAUACACAGGUCAAGUCCGACGACGACGGCAACAUCGAUUUAGAAGAUUUCAAGGCCAAGGCGGAAAAACACAAGGACAACCUGUCGGCGAUCAUGGUGACCUACCCGUCGACGUACGGCGUCUUCGAGGAGACCAUUACCGAUCUAACUAGAAUCACCCAUGAAUGCGGCGGCCAGGUGUAUAUGGACGGCGCCAAUCUCAACGCGCAGUGCGGCCUGACGUCGCCGGGCACCUGCGGCGCCGACGUGUGUCAUUUGAACAUGCACAAGACGUUUUGUAUUUUCCAGAGUUCAAGUUGUACUUCAAUGUGGGGUCUCUCGCGGUCGUAGAGAGUUGCUACUCUCUCAAUACGGUCGCGGGUACCUCUCGGGGGUCGUGGCCGAAUUUGGGCCUCUGAGGAUCGCGAGGCUCACUCGUCGAUGUGCGCACAGGCAUCCCGCACGGCGGCGGCGGGCCCGGCGUCGGCGCGAUCGGCGUGAAUGCUCAUCUCGCGCCGUUCCUGCCGGGACACACGGUUACCGCUGUUGAUGCGUCCACCGGUGAUUCUCGUGGUUCGGAGUCGGCCGUCGCCGCCGCGCCCUACGGUUCUUCCCUCAUCCUACCGAUCUCGUGGAUGUACAUCAAGAUGUUAGGUGCUCAGGGCUUAGCUCGCGCGUCGGCCAUUGCUAUUUUGAACGCGAACUACAUGGCGAAGAGGCUCGAAGAUGCGUAUUCCGUGUUGUUCCGGGGUGCCAACGGGCAAUGCGCCCACGAAUUUAUAAUUGAUCUCAGAGAGUUCAAGAAGGCGGGAGUGGUGGAGGAGGACGUGGCCAAAAGAUUGCAGGACUACGGCUUCCACAGCCCGACGAUGUCCUGGCCCGUGCCCGGGACGCUGAUGAUCGAACCUACAGAAAGCGAAGACAGGGCCGAACUCGAUCGGUUCUGCGACGCGCUCCUCGCGAUCCGCGCGGAGAUCAAGGACGUCGAGGACGGCGCCGUGAAGCUCGAGGACUCGCCGCUCCACCACGCGCCGCACACGAUGGACGACGUCGUCACGGACGACUGGGACCGGGCCUACUCGCGCGAGACGGCGGCCUUCCCUCUCCCGUACGUCAAGGACUCGAAGUUCUGGCCCACCGUCGGCCGCGUCGACAACGUCCACGGCGACCGGCACCUGAUUUGCACGUGCCCGCCGGUGAGCGUCUACGAGGAGUAGAGCCCCUUCCCCCCCUAACGAUAGAUACAUACA